UUUCCGAGCUUAAAAAAUUUAAUUAUUGUAAUCGAUGCCAGGACCGGGAUCGCUGGUGAAGAACCAGCGUCUAGUAAACGCGGUUGUCCAAAGGUUUCAGAGAUGCAUGACCACCACAGCAGCCGUCAUGAGCUUCGGGGACGGCAACCAUGGCGCUCUGGGCUUGCCCACUUCCUUAAUGGGCCUUGGUGUGGACGCCUACGAGCCCACCCGGGUCCCUUCUCUACCUCCUGACAUCACCAGCGUCACCGCCGGGCAUUACCACUCCCUGGCCGUCACUUCCGAAGGCCAGCUCUGGGCUUGGGGCCGAGACCUCGAGGCCCAGCUCGGCCGUGGAGGUCCUUCUCCGAGAGAUUCGUGGAAUGAACCAAGGAGAGUAACGGGAUUGGAUCAAGUAAAUGUUUGUUCUGCAUUUGCAUCCGGUGUCAUUUCUGCGGCCAUUGGAGAUGAUGGUUCUUUCUGGGUUUGGGGAAAGUCAAAGCGUGGCCAGCUUGGUCUGGGAGAGCAAGUCAUGGAGGCUGUGGUUCCUUCCCGAGUUGAAGCACUUGCUGGAGAAAAAAUAACUAAGGUUGCACUUGGUUGGGGGCAUGCUCUUGCAUUGACUGAGGAUGGAAAGUUAUUUGGUUGGGGUUAUUUUGCUGAUGGUAGGUUAGGAAGCAUUAAAGAAUCUUUGGAGACAUCUCAACUGGAAUCUACUUCCAAUAAUCAAGAACUGUCGAGUUCAUCUUUGGAAGCUGCUGAGAAGCUGGUUUUAGGAGGAAUGGCCAAGGAGAAUAACAUGCCAAUAGUUUGGGAACCCAGUUUAGUGAGGGAACUACAGUGUAUUGAAGUUGUAGACAUUGCAUGUGGUCUUGAUCAUUCAUUAAUUCUUUGUGGUGAUGGGACGCUACUGAGCUGUGGGAGCAAUGUAUAUGGUCAGUUGGGAAGAGAAAAACAGGAUGUAGGAUUGUUUCCUGUUGAUAUAAGCUUCCGUCCAAUGUCUAUAGCAGCCGGGCUUGGCCAUUCUUUGGCAAUUUGCCAGGUUCCAUCAUCAGAUGUUAUAGGAGGAGCCGCAGGUGUCAUUACAUGGGGUUGGAAUCAGACCUCUCAGCUCGGUAGGGAUGGGCCAGAAAAUAUUCCAUUAGGAGUUGAAGGCUUGGAAGGGGAAACUCCUGUAUCAGUAGCAGGAGGUCGUGUGCAUUCCAUUGCUCUAACAUCAAAGAGAGAAGUGUGGGUUUGGGGUAGUGGUAAGAAUGGAAGGCUUGGGUUAGGAAGCUCCUGUGAUGAACCUGAACCAAUUUUGCUGGACUCUGUAGAGGGUUGUGAUGUUUUACAAGCUGUGUCAGGGUUUGAUCAUAAUCUUCUCUUAAUUGCCGAAUGAACAUGACACAAUGAAUGUAAUUGCAUCUUUUCUG